AUGACUACGAGCCAGUGCCACCAUGGUUGCAACCAUGAGCCACCAAGCUCCUCUACAGAGYUCAAAGGAAGAAGAAUAAUGGUUGUGGUUGAUCCUUGCUCAGAGGCUAAGAACGCUCUGCUUUGGACUCUUUCCCAUUGUGCUCAGCCUCAAGACUCCAUUCUUCUUCUCCAUUUUCUUAAAGCUAAACCUUCUGAUCAAUCAGGUGCUCAAGCUACAAAAGAAGAAGAACCUUGUGACAAACAUGCAACUCUAAAAGCUAAUAAAAAAGUUUCAGCCUUGAAGAACAUUUGUGAGCUUAAAAGACCUGAGGUUAAGAUAGAGAUGGUGGUUGUGGAAGGUACUGAGAAAGGUCCGACCAUAGUGAAAGAGGCAAAAGAACGAGGAGCGUCUUUACUGGUUCUAGGCCAAAAGAAACAGCACGCCACGUGGCGGUUGUUGAUGAUAUGGGCCUCACAGGCCAGGCCCAUUAACAAAACCGACGUCGUUGAGUAUUGCAUCAACAACUCUCCAUGUAUGGCCAUUGCGGUUCGUAAAAGAGGCAAAAAGCUUGGUGGAUACACUCUUACAACUAAGCGUCACAAAGAUUUCUGGCUUCUUGCCUGA